AUGUCUACUGGGUACGGUGGUUCAAGUGGAGUGAGAUGCUAUUACCUGUACGGCCGUGAAGUAGGCAAGAGUAGGCUAGAUUACCUGGGCCACUGGGCUCGCUGGAAAAUUGGUCACAUAAUACGCGCCGAAAGCCUCGGAUAUCUGACCGAUUCUACUGAUUUCGUCGUCGAAGAGGUGAUUCAACAUGGGGAUAACCACCAGGCAGCUUUGAGUACAUCUUUCUUUCCUCUUGAACUCAACGACGAUCGUAUUGGCAGUGUUUCGACUUGCCCAGCGACGAUCAAGGUCUCAUGGGUGACGAAACCUCACACUGUCACCCGCUGCACCUGCUCAACUUUACAAACAUGCAAGCUUGCCAAGAAAGCUUCAACAAUUGAAUUCACCUUUUGGCAACGUACAGACAAUCUGUACCCUACCUUGAACGCAGGAACCAUACUUGAUUGCAAAGUGGCCGUAAAUGUCGAUUUUGGCGACGAUGGCAGCUAUGACUUCCAGUGGGUUGCAAACAUCACACUGGCAACGAAUGCCAGCAAUGGGAGCUAUGGCACCAUUACACCGCCUGGGGGAGACGCUGAGCGUGGCUAUGGCGCCUUCGUGGACGACAAGCUCAAGAUUUACAUAGGGACCCAGAAUGCGCUGUUCAACCUCAGAUUGUGCCACGACUGGGACUUCUAG